GGGCGGGCUGGGGCCGGAAUGAUCGGGGCCGAGUCUGCCCGCUCGCCCUGCCCCGCGGCCCCGCCCCCGCGCCCGGCGCGCCGGGGAGCCGCGGGUCCCUGAGCGGCGCCGGCCGGCCCCCCUCGCGGCCCGUCAUGCUCCGCGCCUCCGGCGUCCUGCUGGCGCCGACCGUUCUCCCCGCCCCGCCCCGCGGCCGGCGCCGGGAACUACAUUUCCCAGGACGCCCCGAGCGGCGGCUCCGCGACUACUUCACGGCGGGACACCUCAUCAGAGCCUGCGUGCCCGUGGGCCGCCGGGCCACCCUGAGGAGGGGAAGGAUGCCGCCGUCCGUGGGCGAAGGCCGGCCGGGCUCCGAGCUACGAUCCCGCCGGGGCCGCUCGGGGCCGCGGGCCGCCAACGCCGUAAGCCCGGACGACGCGACGGAGGCGGCCGUGCGCAGCCCCAAACGGCCGGCCCGGGGCUCGCGGCGCUGGGACGCGGCCGGCCGCUGGGCCCUUAUGGCCCUGGUGACGCUGCUGUCCUUCGCCACUCGCUUCCACCGUCUGGACCAGCCGCCGCACAUCUGUUGGGAUGAGACUCACUUUGGAAAAAUGGGAAGUUACUACAUCAACCGUACCUUUUUCUUUGAUGUGCACCCACCUCUGGGAAAGAUGCUGAUAGGUCUUGCCGGCUACUUGAGUGGAUAUGAUGGCACCUUUUUGUUCCAGAAGCCGGGGGACAACUAUGAGCAUCACAGCUACCUGGGGAUGCGAGCAUUCUGUGCAUUCCUCGGUUCCCUGCUGAUCCCCUUCGCCUACCUCACUGUAUUGGAGCUGUCCAAGUCCCUCCCAGCAGCAGUGCUCUCUGCUGCCCUCCUCAUCUUUGACACAGGAUGCCUCACUCUGUCCCAGUACAUCCUCCUUGACCCCAUCUUGAUGUUCUUCAUCAUGGCCUCCAUGCUGAGCAUGGUCAAGUACAACUCCUGCACCAACAGGCCCUUCUCUGCCCCCUGGUGGUUCUGGCUCAGUCUUACUGGCAUCAAUCUGGCUGGUGCUCUAGGGGUCAAGUUUGUUGGCCUCUUUAUCAUCCUGCAAGUGGGGUGGAACACCAUUUCCGACCUUUGGCACCUGUUUGGAGAUCUCAGUCUUUCACUGGUGACUAUGGGGAAACACCUCACAGCUCGCGUCCUGUGCCUUAUAGUCCUGCCCCUGGCGCUCUACACGGCCACCUUCGCUGUCCACUUCCUGGUGCUGAAUAAAAGUGGUCCUGGAGACGGCUUCUUCAGUUCUGCCUUCCAGGCCCGCCUUUCCGGAAACAACCUUUACAACGCUUCCAUCCCUGAACACCUGGCCUAUGGCUCUGUGAUUACGGUGAAGAACCUGCGAAUGGCCAUCGGCUAUCUCCACUCGCACGUGCACCUCUACCCUGAGGGCAUCGGUGCCCGCCAGCAGCAGGUCACCACUUACUUGCACAAGGACCUCAACAACCUGUGGAUUAUCAAGAAACAUAACACAAACUCAGAUCCCCUAGACCCCUCCUUCCCAGUCGAGUUUGUAAGACACGGAGACAUCAUUCGACUGGAACACAAAGAAACCUCUCGGAACUUGCACAGUCACCGUCAUGAGGCACCUUUAACCCGGAAACACUAUCAGGUCACUGGCUAUGGCAUAAACGGGACAGGAGACUCAAAUGACUUUUGGCGAAUUGAAGUUGUAAACAGAAAAUUUGGCAACCGGAUCAAAGUGCUGAGAAGUCGCAUUCGCUUCAUCCAUCUGGUCACAGGUUGUGUUCUGAGCUCUUCAGGAAAGAGUCUGCCCAGGUGGGGUUGGGAGCAGCUGGAAGUGACUUGCAGUCCGUACCUAAAGGAAACACUCAACUCCGUCUGGAGUGUGGAGGACCAUAUCAACCCCAAGUUGCCAAACAUCAGCCUGGACGUGCUGCAGCCAAGCUUUUCUGAGAUCUUGCUGGAGUCUCACAUGGUGAUGAUCCGGGGGAACAACGGCCUCAAACCCAGGAAUAACGAGUUCACAUCCAAACCCUGGCACUGGCCCAUCAACUAUCAGGGCCUGCGCUUCUCGGGGAGCAAUGACACAGACUUCCGGGUCUAUCUGCUCGGCAACCCGGUGGUGUGGUGGCUGAACCUGCUGAGCAUCGGCCUCUACGUCCUCUCGGGGAGCACCUUGGCGGUGGCCGUGCAAAGAGGGGCGCGGCUGCCUGCCGAGGUGGAAGGGCUGUCCCGGGUGCUGUUGCGUGGCGGCGGCCAGCUCCUGCUCGGCUGGGGGCUGCACUACUUCCCCUUCUUCCUGAUGGGCCGCAUCCUCUACUUCCACCACUACUUCCCGGCCAUGCUCUUCUCCAGCAUGCUGACAGGCCUCCUGUGGGACACUCUCCUGCGCCUCUGUGCCUGGACCCUGGCCUCUUGGCUCCCGUCUCGGGCCGUCCACAUGGCAGGCCUCACAGGCCUACUCCUGGGAACCGCCUACAGCUUCUACCUCUUCCACCCUUUGGCCUACGGGAUGAUUGGUCCCCCUGCCCAGGACCCCCGAAGUCCCAUGGCAGGACUCAGGUGGCUGGAUUCGUGGGACUUUUGAGACCACUGCGAGGAUUCCAGCUUGAGUGCCGGGACUUCCCGGGGCGGCCAGCUGUGGGGCCUGUCCCUGGACUACCCCAGCUCUGGAGGACGCUGCCCGAGCCUGUGGAUUCCUGCUGCCAUCCAGGACCCUCUGGUGUACCCCGGCAGCCAGCCUGUUGGCAGCGGGCAUGAGGCUCUGUGCCCGAUCCCGGCUGC